AUGGCGCGCGGCUUGCGGCGGCACUUGGUCGACUCGGCCGCCUCCUCUUCGUCCUCCUCCUCCGAUGCCUCCGACUUCCCGUACGCCAUCGUCAUCGGCGCGGCCGUGGGGCUGCUGGCCGUGCUGCUCGUCGCCGCGGGGCUCUUCUUCUACUGCCGCGAGCGCCGGCGCAACAAGGCGCUGGCGCUCGAGCCGUACGUGAACCUGGCGCCCAACCCGCCAGCCAGCCAGCUCUCGCCGGGCAUCGCCACGGUCGCCAACCAGCACUCGGUGAACGCGGCGGCCACGAAGCUGCGGCUCACGGGCUCCAUGGACGCGCACGCGGGCUUCUACGUCAUGACGUCGCCCAUGAACACGAGCUCGCAGCCGCCGGCGGUGCUCAAGCCCACGGGCAGCCACAGCUCGUCCAGCAGACUGGACCAGCAGUCGACGUCGUUCCUGGCCAGCGACCCGUCCGUGCGGAAGGACGGGCAGAGCUUCGAGCGCAGCUUCGAUGACACAGUGGACCUCGACACCUUCGACACGUCGGCGCGCAGCCGGAUCAACUCGUUUGAGGCUCACGAGAGCUUCAGGAGGGCCAUGGGCUACAGUGACAGCAACAGUAGCAGCGCGCGCACAGCCAACAGCAACAACAACAACAACAAUGACUCGGCCUGGCCGAGUUCCGUACAUGGAGGGCUUUGGGACGAGCCCGCGAUUGUGGCGGCGCGCAUUCCGAUGGACAGGAUCGUCACGGGUGAGGUGAUCAGUCGUGGGGGCUUUGGAGAGGUGCUGCGCGGCACGUACAAGGAGCGAGAUGUGGCGAUCAAGAGGCUGCUGCCGGAAUCUAGAAAGGAUCUGGCCAAGAUUGAGGAGUUCCUGGCCGAAGUCAAGCUGCAGGCUGCGCUGGAGCAUGAACGGGUGGUGCGGUUUGUCGGUGUGGCGUGGGAUUCACUGACGGAUCUGUGUGUGGUGUCCGAGUUCAUGGACGGCGGCGACCUGCGCGCGCUGUUGAUCAAGUUUGACGAGGUGGACCACCGUCCUAUGGGCUUUGACGCAGAGAAGUGUCGUGUCGCUCUUGAUGUGGCUCACGCGCUCACGUACUUGCACUGCUUGGACCCGAUGGUGCUGCACCGCGACCUCAAGUCCAAGAACAUCCUGCUAGAUAGAAGUUGGCGCGCCAAGCUGACAGACUUUGGUGUGUCACGAGAACGCAGUGAUCGCACCAUGACGGCAGGCGUGGGCACGUCGCUGUGGAUGGCUCCGGAGGUGAUGCUGGGCGAGCGGUACGACGAGAAGGCGGAUCUGUUCUCGUUCGGCGUGGUGCUCAGCGAGUUGGACUCGCACAAACUCCCAUACGCAAGCGCCAAAAUCACGGAAACCGGUCGAGUCAUCCCAGACACAGCCAUCCUCCAGCUCGUGUCCAGUGGCAGACUCAGCGUGGAGUUCACCCCGCCUGCAUCUCCAGCUCUAGAAGCGAUGGUGCAUCUCGGUAAGGCGUGUGUGGCGUUUGAGCCGGACGCAAGACCCACAGCUUCACAGGCGUUGUACCAGAUGCAGCUCGUCAUGCGCGCCUUCGCCCAAGAAGAAGCCGAGGAAUCUUACGUAUUCUAAGGCGCUGUCAUGAACCUCUCUCUACGCCGGCUUACGCGCAGCCUCGUACUUCCCAGUCUCACGUAGUAUU